AUGAACGUUAAUAAGGUUUUAUGUCAAUCAGGCAAAGAAUAUCGAGAUGUCAAAGGCAAUAUUCGAAAACAAAGAUCCCUAAAAACGCUUAAAAAUUGUCAUGUCAACUGUAAAUUUUUUUGCUCCAAGAAAAUCAGCCAACAUGAAAGAGAAGAGAUUUUUAAAGGAUUUUGGGCAUUGACGAAUGACUCUAAAUUUCACUUUUAUGCAAAAAAUACAGAGAGAUUUGACAAAAUUCGUAAACAGACUGACAAGGAGCACUCUCGUAGGACGUAUUCCUUUAGAUAUUAUUUUCAUAUCGCUGAUAAGAAAAUACAGGUUUGUAAAACCUUUUUUCUGUCUACAUUGGAUAUCAGUCAACAAAGAAUAAACUACUUUCAUGAAAAAAAGAAAGAAAAUUUAACAGGAAUCCCAUCGACUUCUCAACAAGGUUGUCACCCUAAGAAAACAAUUAGUACCGUAAGUAAGGAUUAUGUUCACUUACACAUUAGCCAAAUCCCAAGAGUCGAAUCGCACUACUGUAGAGUAGAUACAAAAAAAGAGUAUUUUGAUGGAAUGCUGAAUAUGAACAGAUUAUAUUCUCUCUACUCUAAGUUUUGUGCAGAUAAACAAAUAGUACCAGUCAAAAAACAUAUUUAUAGAAAUAUUUUUAACUAUGAAUAUAACAUUAGCUUUUUAAAGCCAAAAAAAGAUCGCUGUGAUUUGUGUGAAGAACAUAGAUUGAAAGAAAAAGCUGGUAUGAGCACUGAUGAACAAUCUUGUUGGGAAAAGCAUGAACGGGGAAAACAAGCAGCAAAACAGAAUCGUGACUUAGAUAGACGCAGUGAAGCUAAAGAAACUGCUAUUAUAUGUUUUGACCUCGAAAAUGUUUUUUCACUACCGAGAUCAAAUGUUUCGUGUUUUUACUAUAGCAGAAAACUAAAUACGUAUAACCUAACAGCACACUGCAGUUUACAGAAACAUGCUUACUGUUGCAUUUGGAGUGAAGGGACACAUGGCAGGCAAGGAAACGAUAUAGCAUCAGGAUUGAUAAAAAUAUUAGAUAGAGUACUUGUCGACUAUCCUGAAGUUAAAAAUAUUAUUCUCUGGUCUGAUUCAUGUGUUCCACAAAAUAAAAAUUCGAUCAUGAGUUUGGCAUUGAUGAAAUUUUUGGAACAGCAUCCCUCCAUUGUAGAGAUAAUACAAAAAUUUGGAGAACCAGGUCAUAGCAGCAUACAAGAGGUGGAUAAUUUGCAUAGCCAAGUCGAAAAGAGACUCUCUGGAUUAGAUAUAUUCAGUCCAUUAGGUCUUUUGCGCUUAUUACAGACUGUUAAUCAGAAAAAGCCAUUCAAAAUAAAUACUACUUCAUCGGCCAUGCCCAAGCAAAUAAUGAAUUUAAAACCGUUCAUCUUUAUGGUUCUUCCAAUAUAA